AUGCUUGUCAAACCCCAGUUGUGGCUUGCAUUUGCUGCAGCUGCAGUCGCGGCUCCGUCUCAAGACGCAUAUGACUAUAUCGUCGUUGGAGGUGGCACUGCAGGUGUAGCUGUCGCUGCUCGCCUCAGUGAAGGCCUCCCAUCCUCCAAGAUCCUGCUUAUCGAAGCUGGUCCUGAGGCACUUGAUGAGCCAAAGAUCAAUAUCCCCGGUCUCAAGGGUACAACCUUGGGAACAAAGUACGACUGGAAUUUCACCACUGUCCCCCAGACUGGUGCCAAUGAUAGGGUCUGGCCUAUCAACCGUGGCAAGGUCUUGGGCGGAAGCUCCGCCCUCAACCUCAUGACCUACGAUCGUGCGGCUGCUGCCGAAUACGAUAGUUGGGAAGCCCUGGGUAACCCGGGAUGGAACUGGAAGACAAUGAUCAAGGCCAUGAUCAAGUCAGAGACCUUCACUGGCAAGAAUACCGCUACAUAUGGUUCCAAGGGUGUCGGCGACAGUGGCCCGGUUCAGGCUGUUAUUAACCGUGUCAUCCCCAAACACCAAGAGUCGUGGAUCCCAACUCUCAACAAGCUCGGUGUCCGAAAGAACCUCGAAUCUCUCGGAGGCGACCCGCUGGGUGUUAUGUACCAGCCUAGCAGCAUUGACCCUGCCAACUAUAAACGAUCAUACAGCGCUAAUGCGUACGAUGAGAUCUCUGGCUCUAACCUCGAGAUUGCUGCCGAUACCACUGUAGCCAAGAUCAAUCUGAGUCCCCCCAAUGGCAACAAGAAGGCUGUCGCCACUGGUGUCACUCUUACUGACGGUACUAUUAUAAAAGCUAGCCGCGAGGUCAUCCUCUCUGCUGGAUCCAUCCAGAGUCCGCCCUUACUUGAGCAGUCCGGUAUCGGAAGCAAGUCUGUCCUCGCAGCUGCCAGCAUUAAGCAAAUCAUCGACCUUCCUGGGGUUGGAGAGAACCUUCAAGAUCACCUUCGUAUCAUGAGUUCUUACCAGCUUAAGCCUCAAUUCACUUCCAUUGACAUCUUCAAGAGUAAUGCUACCUUUGCUGCAGAGCAAAUGGCGCUUUGGAACGCUGGUAAACAGUCACUGUAUGAUUAUACUGGCAGCGCCUACACCUUCUCGACCUGGAAGCAGGCCCUCGGUAGCGAUACCAAGUUGCUUUCUCUUGCCAAGGAGGCUGUUGCGAAGGAUGGUAGCAAGGUUGACAAAAAGAAGCUUGACUUCUUCAAGGAUGCAUCUAUUCCCCAAGUUGAGGUCAUCUUCUCUGAUGGCUACACCGGUGUUAAAGGCUAUCCUGCUGCUACAUCACCUCUCUUUGGAAAAGGCUUUGUUUCUCUUAUCGCCGUCGUCAUGCACCCUCUGAGCCGCGGUAGUGUCCACAUCAACCCUUCUGAUCCCGCUGGCAAGCCCAUCAUCAACCCCAACUAUCUGAGCAAUGGUCAUGACGUCGAGGCUGUCACUCAAGCUGUGAAAUACAACCGCAAGAUUGCAAACACUGAGCCUAUGCGUUCUAUUUGGGAUGAUGAGUAUGAGCCGGGCUUAGAUGUCAAGACUGACGAGCAGCUCAAGGAGUAUGCUCUUCGCACUACACUCAGCAUCUUCCAUCCUACUGGAACAUGUGCCAUGCUUCCCAAGAAGGAUGGCGGUGUUGUCGACGCCAAGUUGAAGGUGUAUGGAACUGAGAACCUCCGCGUCGUUGAUGCCAGCAUCAUGCCGCUCUUGAUCUCAGCACAUAUCCAGACCGCUGUAUAUGGCAUUGCCGAGAAGGCUGCCGAAUUCAUCAUCGAAGCUGCGAAGUAA